CCGACAAGGGAUGGCGCACGUCAUGCGCUGGCCGUCCGCUUGAAGCGCGAGCCUCUGCCGCUCGCCCAGCCGCUGCACCGGGGAGGCGAUGGGGCUGGAGGAGCCCAAGGUGCAGAUGAUGUGCUAGCCUCCCCGCCAGGCGCCAGAGGCGGCUAUUUUUAGAAAGCCCUGCAAUUUCUCUCUCUUUCCUCCCCCCCCUUUCCCUCCCCUCGCAAAGCCUAGAGUAGAACAGCGGCGCCGGGAGAGCCACAGUCUGAGCGCCCAACACCGCCGCGAGCCCCGCUGACCGAACUGCCCCCCCACGGCCGGCGGGCCAGCAAGCAGGGUGUGAGCUACGUUUGACAUGUGCUGCCUGACUGAGGAACUACUGCAUUAGUUGUCUGAAGGAGCACUGCCUUGGCAAUUCAAAAGAUAGCCCUUGACUCCAAGCUUUCUAUCAGCAGCACUGGAUGAGAAUUCAACAACUUCCUAGAGCGCACUAACGUGGCCAGCAGUAAUGGAUUUUGUGAUGAAACAAGCCUUAGGGGGGGCCACGAAGGACAUGGGUAAAAUGUUGGGAGGAGAAGAGGAAAAAGACCCUGAUGCCCAGAAGAAGGAAGAAGAACGACAAGAAGCCUUACGCCAGCAAGAGGAAGAGCGCAAGGCAAAGCAUGCCCGCAUGGAGGCUGAACGGGAAAAGGUUCGGCAGCAAAUCCGUGAUAAGUAUGGCCUGAAGAAGAAAGAGGAGAAAGAGGCAGAGGAGAAGGCAGCCCUGGAACAGCCCUGUGAGGGGAGCCUGACACGACCCAAGAAAGCCAUCCCAGCCGGCUGUGGAGAUGAUGAAGAUGAGGAUGAGGAGAGCAUUCUGGAUACGGUGCUCAAGUAUCUGCCAGGUCCAUUGCAGGACAUGUUCAAGAAGUAGCCGCCAUACCAGCCCAAGUUCCACCCAGAGUUUCCUGGUGUUGCCAAUUCAACACUCGAUUGAGGCUUUUGGGUGGUGAAGGGACUUUCUUUUGGGGUUUCACGGGGCAUUUUCCUUUCCAGUUUUUGUUUCAAGGGGAGACUUCACACAUG